UGCAGGUGGGAUUAUGUGUGUGUCACCACACCUGGUUAUACAUGAGAUUCUAAUUUAUAGAAGUGAUAUUAUGUUAUUUACUAUUUAAAAUAAUCAGCACUGUACUUUUAUGAUCUGUCCAGGUACACAUGUGUACAUCAAACUGGUUGCUUUUACCUGCUGUGUGAUAUUCUGUGGUGGGCAUCCCCUGCAUGUUAUGCAUUCACUUGGUUUCAGGAAGUAGUGAUCUGUUGCCUUAACUCACGGUCACGUUAAUACUGCAAGCCUCAGAGAGCUGAUGUGGAAAUUUUCAUUAUGUGUGCCUAGGAUACACCAUACAUAUAUGGGUGUUUAUAAGCCUAGUUUGACUAAAUAUUGUCAGACGUCACCUUAUAAUGCAAUGUUGGGCCUGAGAUAAGACUUCUCAACUUCUUUGUUCGUCAGGGUGCUAUCCACCUUCACCCCAAUUUGUACCUACAUUCCUGCCAACACUGAUCUUUUUACUGUUUUCUUUUCAUUGGCAGUGGCAGUCUGAGACAUGUACAACAAGGACACAUCUCAGGAUUGGUGCAUUUCCUUGAUUGCUGUUGGGUUUGAGUGCCUGUCUUCAUACAUUUCUAGUCUGCUCUUCUGAGGGUUACCUCUUCAUAUACUUGGCCCAUUUUUCUUAUUGACUUGCAGGAGAUCCUUGGUCAUUCUUGUUGGUUUAAGCUGUUACAUAUAUUCUUAUACCAACUUUGGCGUUUCAUACUGAGUUUAUCUGCUUUAUCUAGGUUUUCAAAUUUAUCUAGGUUUUCAAAUUUAUCAAUGUAAUUUUUAAUACCACUUUUAUUACUUGUAAAAUAUCUGUUGUCUGUCACUUCCCAGUUUUUAUUCUGUAUUUUAUUUGCAUCACCUUUCUUGAGCUGAAUUACCAAAGAAGUAUCUAAUUAAUCUUUUCAAAGAAUGAAUGUUAGAUUUUUUUUUCAGUGAUAGGGAUCAAACCUGGAGCCUUGUGCAUGCUAGGGGCUGGAGCUCUUUUGUGCUAUGAAGCAACAGCCUCACUCUUCAGAGGAGUUAACUUCCAGAACUGGCGCUGGCUUCUGAUGAGGAGCAUGGUGUGUAAGCUGAUGGAGGGCUGUGAGGAGACCUUAGUGUUCAUUGAGGCAGGGACCAACAGGGGAGUUGUGGGUUUCAAAGGCUGCACCUCAAGCUUGUCUUAUCCUCCACGAAUCUCCUACCUUGCUUCUCCACCCGGGGUAUCCGUUGCUUCCUAUAGCCGCGUCUGUCGGACCUAUCUCUGCAACAACAUCACCACCCUGCAGCUGUUUGUGAGGCUCAAGGCCGAAGCUCCUAAGUCUGUAGCGUUGUCUUCCCAUACUUGCCCAUCCUGUGUGGGUGAGCACAGCAAGGAAUGUCUUCCACAUUUUGUCAGCACUGAGACUUGCCCUAAGGAAGCCCUUGAAUGUUACAGUUCCACCUUAAAAUUUCAGGCAGGGUCUCUUAAUACCACUUUCCUGCUGAUGGGCUGUGCUUAUGAAUACGAAAAGCUUUUAGCAAAAUAUCAUUAUAUUGGAAGCAUACAAGUGACUGAGGUCCUAAACAUCUUAGAGAAGUCCCAGGUUUUUGGUGCAGGGCCCUCCAGUCGGGGUUCUUCCUGGGGCAUCCUCUUAGGCCUCCUGCUUGUCUUCAGGCACUGAUAUCCAGCUGGAUUCGAUGAACACCCAUAUCCCUUCACAUAACCAAAUAAAGUUGUAGAGUUGCAUUUA